AAGCCCUACGCGGAGGGCUGAAGCAGCUGCCCGCUAGCGCUUUCUUCAGGUCAUUUUCUUUCCAAGCGAGCAGUGUGUGCCUCGUGCGUCUCACUCAGCGUUGCAGCUUGGCCACUAAUUUCAUUUUUAUUAAUUCAAAUAGAAAAUCUUUGUUCUUUAUGAACUGGGAUCAAGAAAAUGCAGAAAGAGACAGAGCAGGUUGUAAAAUGAGGAAGUGCAACCUCUUCGGAAAAACAAAGUUUUCUUGGUGUGUCUGGCCUUAUUCAUAGAAAAUAUUUUACUUACGUUUUGAUGACUUUGGUUUUCAUGACGACUUAAAAUAUAUAAUAUAAAAGUCUGCUCCCCCCUGGAAUUGUUUCUCUGGUGGCAUGCUGAGUCCUUGUUGAAAGGCAGCAGCUUAGGCUAGCGGUAAUUACAUAAGGUCUGUAGAUAAGUCUCUUUAAAUUUCAGUUGAACGUGUCCUGAAGGCUUAUCUUUUUUGUAGGCAAGUACUGAAAAAUAGUCUUAAAUCUGAGAAUAUUCUGAAAGGAGGUAAAGAAUGCAUCUGCAUUAGUAAAAAAUCUGAUUCUUUUAAUAAAGAUUUUUAUAAUGUAUGUUAUGUAUAACCAAACUGUUUGAAAUAGUUAAGUAAUGUUGUCAAGUUGUUUUAAGCAAAGAGGUAAGAAUAACAGUUGAACUGACAGGCGUAGUGUUCUCUUACUCUCUGGAAAAAUAUCAGUAGCUGAUUUGGUCUCCUGAAGUGGGUUGGGUGUCUGGGUGCGUGGCAGGGCUGAUGCUUUAAAGGAAAAAACUGAGAACUGCUGAAGACAGUAGAUUUAAAGGUGGUCUUCUGCUAUUGUGUAGAUGACAACUUGAAGAGCAUCUGAACUGUUCACUCUUCAGAGAUUCCUUUUUCAAGAAAGCAGUUGCAAAAUCUGCUGUUUCCAAUACUCCCUUGGAUUUACUAAAUUAAAGAACCAUUCAGACUACGGAGCAGUUUACACUGACAGUCAUGCAGCUUGUUCUCAGACUAGCUGGAAGUGUUCUAUGGCAGCCAGGUUAUCAGUGUAGUAGUACUCCAUCCAGAUUCCAUGUUUACACUUCGGUAUGACAGGUUCUGCUAAUUCACUUCUGGUGAGGUGGUUACUGUCUCUGGACUUCACAUUUCACUUGAAAGGUGGGGAAAUGGUGCCACAUUCUGCACCUUCAUGUGAAAUUUCCCUGUACUUUUGGGGGUACAUCUUAAGAAGCUUGUUCAAGGAUACGCAUAAUCGUUUUGGGCUCGCUAGAUGCUUAAAGCAGGCUGUGAGGACUCUGGGGAGUGACACCUUGAUGUAAAGGUGUUUCUGCUUUCGUAACACUGUUGGUCAAAGCACCUGAACUGCUGUGCUAGGUAUGCCAGUUUUAGUCUGUUUGCUCAGCUGAUUCAUCUUGGUUACUGUCUCAGAAUGUCACUGCUCACCCGUGAUUUCUGUGAGGCAGUAUUUGUUAGAAAACUGACUUGUGCCACUAUGUUUUUUAAAAAAAAAUUAAAAUUAUGACUGAUCCUCAUCUUAAAGCUGAGGAUCCCAAGGUAGUUGGUAAACAUGUCUUAAGCAGUUGUUUCAACCAGUAAAACUACUGAUUUAUGAAAAUGUAGAAGCGUAUGUGAUUGUAUACAGCAAGUUGUGGUGUUCAACUAUGAAAUUCUCAGUCAUUGGACUGUCCUCUGGUGGGAGCUUUAUUCAGCCUUUUCAGUUCCUCCAGCUACCCAGCACUGGAAAUUAGUGUAAGAGCUGAAGAAAGAAGGAAAUUGUGGUCAAACAAGCACAACACUAAAUUUGUAAUGAAAUGGAGUCUGGGUCAAGCUCUUUUCGAGUGGAAUUUCCAGAUUUUUCUAGCACCAUUUUGCAGAAGUUAAACCAGCAGCGCCAGCAAGGACAAUUAUGUGAUGUGUCCAUUGUAGUUCAGGGCCAUCUCUUCAGAGCCCACAAAGCUGUUCUUGCAGCUAGUUCACCUUACUUCUGUGAUCAAGUUCUCCUGAAGAACAGCAGGCGAAUAGUCCUGCCUGAUGUGAUGAAUCCCAGAGUGUUUGAAAACAUUCUCCUGUCCACCUAUACAGGUCGGCUGGUAAUGCCUGCUCCAGAAAUUGUUAGCUAUUUGACAGCAGCUAGUUUCCUUCAGAUGUGGCACGUAGUGGAUAAAUGCACGGAAGUGCUGGAGGGGAACCCGACAGUUCUGUGUCAGAAGAUGAACCACGGCAGUGACCAUCAGUCCCCGAGCAGCAGCAGCUACAAUGGGCUCGUUGAAACCUUUGAACUGGGUUCUGGAGGACAGACGGAAUUCCACAAGGUGCAGGAGCUAAGGGAUGGCGAAAACGAAGAGGAGAGCUCUAAAGAUGAGCUGUCGUGCCAGCUGACAGAACAUGAGUACCUUCCCAGUAAUUCUUCUACAGAACAUGACAGGCUCAGCACUGGAAUGACAAGUCAGGAUGGGGAGGAAGGAACCAGCGACAGCGCAGAAUAUCAGUACACCAGGCCGAUGUACAGCAAACCCAGCAUCAUGUCUCACAAGCGGUGGAUCCACGUGAAACCAGAAAGAUUUGAACAAGACUGUGAAGGUGUUGAUAAUCCUUAUGAUGAACACCAAGUUUCUGAAUCCAUGAAUGCCAUUCAGGCAGAUCAUUCAAUCCAGUCUUCCGGUGUUGAAGACUUUCAUAUAGGUGACAAAAAGAUGGAAGCAGAGUUUGAUGAACAGGCAGAUGAAAGUAAUUAUGAUGAACAAGUUGACUUCUAUGGCUCUUCUAUGGAGGAAUUUUCUGGGGAAAGGGCAGAUGGAAAUUUAAGUGCUCACAGACAGGAUCUUAUGAUAGCAGCAGGCUACGGUGAAGGCAUUGAAAUGGCUGCAGGAAUUAAAGAAGAAACGUCCCUCACCGGAUUCUCGCACGCUGAUAAGCUGUAUCCUUGUCAGUGUGGGAAAAGCUUUACACACAAAAGUCAGAGAGAUCGGCAUAUGAGUAUGCACCUUGGUCUUCGACCUUAUGGCUGUGGUGUCUGUGGUAAGAAAUUCAAAAUGAAACACCAUCUUGUAGGCCAUAUGAAAAUUCAUACAGGCAUAAAACCAUAUGAGUGUAACAUCUGUGGGAAAAGAUUUAUGUGGCGGGACAGUUUUCACCGGCAUGUGACCUCUUGUACCAAGUCAUACCAGGCUUCUAAAGCUGAGCAGAGUACUACUGAGAUGAACUAAGUCAUCGGUGCUUACGUUUGUUUAGCAGAGUAAGCAAAAUUAAUUAUGCAAAUAAUGUCUGGUACUUGCUAUUGUAAAUUCUCCAAAAACCCAAGUUUUAAUGAUUAUGCUGGUAUAAGCAGACCAAACUUAUUUUCCACAGUAUUACUCCAGGUGUUCGAUGUGUGAAGUGCAAAUGGUUAAUCUGAGAGGUGCUUGCGAAAUGAGGUCUGUUAGGUCUCUGUGACAUGGAUUGUAAUGACGGCAGUAUGUAGGAGCCCUGUUGGUUUUUUAAGUCUUCUAAAUUCGCAGCAAAACCCAGCUCUAAAUUGACCCUAAUCCUGCAAAUACUUAGAUGAAGCAGGAAUUCGAGUAGCCCUACUUAAUGCAAAAGAGAACAAGGAUGACCAAGCCAGGUUAUAUGAUUCACGUUUUAAUGAAAAAAAUAAUUGGACUUCCACCUUAAACUGGACACUGCCAACAUACUUAACAUGCAUCAUUAGAUAGUCUACAUCAUUAAACAGCCUUUGCUGUAUUGCUUAAGGAAAGGCUGUGUUAAAGGUGGUUUGGCUUUCCUUUAUAUGUCUUCCAUUUUUUAAUCCAUCUUCAGUAAAACAAAUGUUGUAUAAUUUUGUGCUGAUUUCUAUUUAGAGUCUGUAAAGCACUUAAAUAUAGUUGAGCGCUAUAUAAACUUCAAUCUGUAUUAAGUAUGAUUUGUCGUUGCUCCUCUAGGGUCUAAUGCUGUAGACUCUUGGCUUGAUAUUGAUUGCUAUAUCGUGAGAGCUUCUAGAAGUGUGUGUAAUAAGUAUUUGUUGUCAAAAAAAAAAAAA